AUGACGGUGGAGGAUUUAAUAAGUGUCUUCAGAAUUGGAAUGAGACGUAAUAAAGGAAAGAAGAGAAAUGUUCUGGUUAAAUUUGCAAGUAUAAAUGAUAAAUUGAAAGUGAUGUCAAAAAUUAGAGAGGAUGGAGAUAAGAUUCUUCAAAUAGAAGGGGACAAGAUAGAGGUUUACCAGGAUAUUUCUCGGGAGGAACGUAUAUGGAGGCACACUUUAAAGCCAAUUACAAAAUUAUUGAGAAAUAAAGGCAUUAAAUAUAAUUGGAGAUUCCCACAACAAUUAAAAAAAAUUUAUAAUAGAAGAAUGCAUACAAUUGAUACUAAAAUUGAUCCUGUUGAUUAUUUUCAUAAACUUGGGCUGAUUGAGAAAGAAGAUGAUGUUAUUAGUAUGAAAGCUGAACUGCUUCAGAUGGGUGGAUAUGGAGUGAGGAAGGAAUUAAAUCUGGAUAAGGAACAAGGAGCUGUAGCUGGAGAGGGCCCAGAACUUAAAGCUAAACUACAACAUGAAAGAAAACCAACAAAAGAGCGGAUGGCUAAAGAUAAGAAAUGUAGAACAGAAAUUGGAAUAUUAAUAGAUGAAAAAGCUAUGGAGAUCUUAGCAGUAAAAAUAGAAGAAGAUGAAGAUAUUAUUGGAUAUAAAGGUGUUAAAAUUAAUUUGUAUGCCGAUGACACCCUGAUUGUAAUGAAAAAUCCAGAAAAAGAUAUUGAAAAGAUUAAGAUGCAUUUAGAGGAAUUUGAAGAGCUUACUGGGGUCAUAACUCCAAUGUAUCAGCACAUCCUCGCUUUAGAGUUUGCCAUCAUGGAAAUCAAUAGGGAUACCUCUAUUUUACCAAACCAUACCUUGGGGUUCCAUAUCUAUAAUACCUACUUUGAUCCCAGUUGGACAUACCGUGCCUCAUUGGAGCUCUUCUUUACAAAGGGCCAAUUCAUACCUAACUACAACUGUGAUGCACAAAACAGACCAAUAGCAGUCAUUGGAGGACCUUCCUCUGACAUCUAUCUAUACAUGGCUAAUAUCCUUUCCCUUUACAAGAUGCCACAGAUAUUGUAUGGUUCUGCUCCUGAAAUUAGCACAAAAGACCAAGCUGCUUUUUACCAACAAAUGUUGCCAAAUAUGGAUAGUCAGUAUAAGGCAAUUUCUCAAUUAUUGCUAUAUUUCAUGUGGACAUGGGUUGGGAUGUUGCUAGUAGACAACGAGAGUGGUGAAAUGUUUCUGCGCAGGGUGCUUCCCAUGGCUACCCAGAGUGGCAUCUGCUUUGACUUCGUUGCAAGAUUUCCCAACCCUGCUGAAUCAAAUAAUCUGAAAAAGAUGGCCGAAAUAGGACUUAACAUGUACAGAUUUGUUAUGAAAAGUAAUGUCACUGCAGUGGUAGUUCACGGUGAAAGUGGUAACAUGAUAACUCUAAGGGUUAUUUCCAGUCAUUUGAAAGACAAUGAUUUACCACUAUGGACAAAAGGGAAAGUCUGGAUUAUGACAAUCCAGAUGGAUUUCACAUCAAAUCCCUUUCACAGAAAUAAGGAUCUCGUGUUCCUUCAUGGUGCUUUAUCUUUUGCAAUUCACUCAGAGAAGGUACUGGGAUUCCAGCAAUUUGUUCAGAUGAGAAACCCUAUCUUGGAAAAGGAAGACAGUUUUAUCAAGAUCUUCUGGGAAAAUGCCUUUGAAUGUUCCUUCCGACCCUCUGUAACACAAAAGGCAAAUGGGGCCACUUGUACUGGAAAGGAGAAACUGGAGAUUCUUCCUACCUCUGUCUUUGAAAUGGAAAUGAGUGGCCACAGCUACAGUGUGUACAAUGCUAUCUACGUGGUGGCACAUGCUUUACAUGACUUCUAUUCAUCUAUAAUGAAAUACAGAGAAGGGAGGAAAAUCAAGGGGAAAUUUUUGAAUCAACAUCUAUGGAAGCUCAACUACAUGAUCAGAAGAACAUCAUUUAAUAAUAGUGCUGGACAAAAAAUUGGGUUCAAUGAAAAUGGAGAAUUAGAGACUGGAUUUGAUAUUAUCAAUUGGAUCACAUUUUCAAAUUUGUCUUUUAAGAAAGUCCAAGUUGGAGACAUGGACCUCAAGGACUCCAAUGAAAAAAUGGUCACCAUUUAUGAAGACGAUAUUGUAUGGCCAAGCAGGUUUAACCAGACCCAGCCACUUUCUCUGUGUAAUGGGAAGUGUGAUUCAGGCUACAGUAAGAUUAAGAUAGAAGGAAAACUAUUUUGCUGCUAUGACUGUCUUCGAUGUCCAGAAGGGAAGAUUUCUAACAGGGAGGACAUGGAUGAAUGUUUUCAAUGUCCAGAAGAUCAGCAUCCCAAUGAGGAGCAGGUUUUGUGUCUCCCCAAAGUUACAACAUUCUUGAACUACAAAGAAACCUUGGGAACUGUUAUGGCUAGUUUGUCUCUUUUCUUCUCUUUAAUCACAGUUGGAGUCCUUUGGAUCUUUAUUAAGCAUCAGGACACUCCCAUUGUCAGAGCUAACAACCGAAACCUCACAUAUGUACUCCUUGUUACUCUCCUGUUAUCAUUUCUUUGUACUUUGCUAUUCAUUGGGAGACCUCACAAGGUGACAUGUCUCCUUCGUCAAACUUCUUUUGGCAUCAUCUUCUCAGUGGCCAUUUCUUGUGUUUUAGCCAAAACUAUCAUUGUAGUUCUAGCUUUCAUGGCUACCAAGCCAGGGUCCAAGGUGACCAAAUGGUUGGGGAAAAGACUUGGCACAUUUUUAGUAUCCUGCUGCUCCUUUAUUCAAAUUAAAAUUUGUAUUAUAUGGCUGAUCAUCUCUCCCCCAUUCCCAGAUGCUGACAUGAAGUCAAUAACAGAAGAAAUCAUUCUGGAGUGUAACGAAGGAUCUGCCUUCAUGUUCUACUGUGUCUUGGGUUAUAUGGGCUUCCUUGCCAUUGUCAGCUUUACACUGGCCUUCCUAGCAAGGAAACUGCCUGAUGCUUUCAAUGAAGCCAAGUUUAUCACCUUCAGCAUGUUGGUCUUCUGCAGUGUUUGGUUGUCCUUUGUUCCAGCAUACCUGAGUUCAAAGGGAAAAUAUACGGUUGCUGUAGAAAUCUUCUCCAUUAUAGCUUCCAGUGCUGGAUUACUGCUUUGCAUCUUUUCUCCCAAAUUGUACAUCAUUCUGCUGAGGCCCGAUUUGAACAAAAAAGAUCAGCUCAAAAGAGAAAAAAAGAGAGUACCAUAAAUUUAAUUGCUGUUUCCUAUUUUGCAUCAGGUAUCAGGAAGUAUAAAACCUGUUUUGUCUAGGACCAGGGUAGAAACUAGGAGAUUGUGAAUUCUACUCCUGCCUCAUACAUGUGUUGUGGGGAAAAAUAGAAGGAGGGAGAAGAAUUAGAUAUUUUUGCUGCCUUGAAUUAUUUAUAAAAAAUAAUAAUGGCAGAAGAAAGAAACAUCUUUUUAAAAAAAAUUCCCUCUACUGAACCAUUUAUUUAUUUAUUUAUUUGCUUAUUUAUUCAAUUUAUAUGCCACCCCUCUCCGAAGACCCAGGGUGGCUUUAACUGA